CAAAGGAAAAGGAACUGGCUGAAACCAUAGAAACGAAGAGGAUGUUUACUGCCACUGAACAGCUUCGACAACAUCUACGUAGCUCAUAUAAAUGUGACUACUUGAAGCUGAAAAUACUAUAGGUAUUUCUUCAUAGAUAUAUGUUAAUAUAAGUUUUUACUCUAGACGAUAGCUUUGCGCGGCCGGGGCUCCAUCACUGCAAGUUAGCUUGACAGGCUAAUGCUCAGCUGGUGAAAAUGUUCAAAGCAAAAAUUCUCUUCGUUGGUCCUUCUGAGAGUGGGAAAACUGUUCUUGCAAACUUUCUUUCGGACACAACAGAAAACGUGGGUGGGGAAUACAGACCAACUCAAGGAGCCAGGAUCCUGGAAUUUGAAUCCCAGCCUGAGGGCAGCAAUGACAAGACCUGUGAUGUUGAACUUUGGGACUGUUCAGGGGAUUUUAAAUUUGAAUCCUGCUGGCCUGCACUCAUGAAGGACUGCAGCGGCGUGGUGAUCAUUUUUAAUCCUGAUGUUCCGAGUCACCUAACAGAAAUCGAGACAUGGCACUCCAUGUUCAUCUCCACCCAAAGUUUACUGGACAGCCAGUGUUUACUCAUAGCUCACCACAAGCCUGGGAGCAAGAUAGCAGAUGGCCGACUGCCUUUAGCACCAAAUCUGAGCAAGCUACCACUUAUUCACUCCAACCUGGAGGAAGAGCCAGACGAUUUGCGACAUGCUUUCUAUAGAUACUUGGGAAAUGUUGUGAAAGCAAUGUCCGAGAGUCGAGAGCGAGAGGAGAUGUCCAUCAUCACAUAGCAGUAAAAUCUACCAAACAUCCAUCUUAUUUAGCAUACACUUUGACUCAUACAUUUAAAAUAUGUCAAGUUAUUAUUAAUACCUUAAUAAGAGCUCCAUGAGGUAUUAUAAAGCGUUUUGUAACCCUGAUACUUUCUAACAGAUAGGUUCUCUUGUUGGCUUUUGUUGUAUUUUUGUAAAUCUUCUGUAAAUAAAAUAUAGCCGAACAUAAUGGAAGUUAAUACCCAAAA